AUGACGGGAUCGGGAAGUGGAAUGCCGUCGUUGAGCAACUUGACUUUUGCCGGGUACGACGAGGAAAAGGCGGUGGUUCUCCUUAAGGGUCCGCUGGGGGCGGUGUACCCCCUGCAGCCGGCCCACAAAGGUGCCAGGACAGCAGAGGUUGACGCAGAUGGCGCCAACGAUGAUGAGGGAAGCUAUGAGGAAUCCACCUGUAGUGACAGCUACGUGAGCAGCGCAAGCUCCAGCAGUAGCGGAAGCAGUGUAUCUGACGUGAAUACGCCGCACACGAACGGUGCCGGGGUGGCGGGAGGUGGCGAAGAGUCAGACGCGCAACACUUGGCGCCCGUGCAUGGUACGGUGCUCUCGUUGCAAGAGCCAUACCGCCGAAAGAGUGAUCCCUUGCCGUUUUACCCAUUGAUGGCCAGUGGCUCUGCCGAUGAAGCAAAGAGCUACCAUGCAGUGGUCGUAUUGGGUUAUGACGAGCGCGGUAACGUGUUUCUGCUCCCCACACCAAGGAUAGUCUGGGGCGACACCGUGUGCGCUUAUCAAUGCUCGCCGAUACUGCAGCUUUCUAUGCAUGAUUUGCAUCAGUAUUAUCAGUUGCAGGAACACGCAGAGAAUGAGGCAAGGGAAGACACAUCGUCGUGGGAGCUCCCGUUGGAGGGCGGCUGCAUGAUGUGCCCUCGCUUGGAACAGGCGCCGCUAAGCGAUAUCUUCGGUGUCUCUGUCGGCAAGGCGUACUACUUGUCUGCGUGGUCUGUAUACGUAGAGUUUGUGGGUGCCGCAUGGGGAGUGCCGUGGGUGAGGCUUCUGCCCACUGGGGUUGCAGGCAACGGUUUCCAUUCAGCCUCGAAGAGGGGUGGUCAGACUGUUAGAAUCAAGCCAUUACCAUACUGCUACGGUGAACGUCCACUGUGUGAGGUCUAUAUGCUCUGCGAAGACAAAGAUGAUGCAGAGGGGCGAAACGUUCACAAUACACCCAUGUCUCAAUGUGUGGAUGUGACCACUGGGGCGGAGAGCUGGAGUCACAUACGAGAGCAAGCCCAACAGGAGGGUGGCAGUGCCGCCAAUAUUGAAUCCACUCGUGGCUCCUUUACCCAUCACAGGUCUUUUACUCCACGUGGAACGCGCUAUGCGGCUCACUUCAACACGACAGAUAGUAGUGUAUCUGCUCCGCUGCCGUUCUUCGUUCGCGGCAGCAAAGUGGCGUGCUGCGGACCAUUUGGUUCCACCCUGGAAUGCGAUGUGUCGCCCAAGACGCUUGAGCGGUUCGGCGUGUUGCAUGGUGACCGUUUGGUUGGCGCUGCCAGUAGGUCGUUUGAGGGGCGAAAGACUACAGUGAUUGGCGUUCAUAUGGGCUGCCUUGUUGUGCUACUGGAUGGGGACCGCGUGGCAACGAUCUUGCGCGGUGUCGAAGGGAUGGACGACUUGCUAGUACAGUUUUCCAAAGAGACUGACCCUCAGUGUGACCGAGAUGUAGGCAGAGGAAGUUCUACAUCAGAGGAAAAUCAGGUAAUUCCCUCGCCAUCUAUGGACGUCCAAGAAGAAGACAAUGGAGUCAGGAAAGAGGCCCAUAGUGAUGAUAAUGAAGGAGAUGAGAAGGAAAGAGAUCCUGUUGUUGGCCUCCCACCGAUAGUGGAAGCUAGCACGGUAACCGCAGAGAGGGACAUCAGUGAAAGCAAACACACUACUUCUAUAAACACGGAUCCCUUGGAUCGAGGAAAUGAACUGCAUGGGACCAUUGAGGCGAAGGUGCCGCUGAAGGAAGACGCCGAUGAGUGUGGUGCGGCGUCGCAGUGUGAUGCUGGUGACUCAAAUGAACAGCCGGUUUUCAUGGGUGAUGAUCCAUCGCCGCUGGCUUUCGUGCAGAGGUUUGACACUUCUUCUAUAGAUUUGACAGACUCCUCGAUUAGAGAGGUUUGGGCGACGGAGGAUGAGAAGGCUCCCUCUCAGGCCAUGGGCUCUGGGGACGGGGGGGUGGAAGAGGAGAGAGAUGAAGAAGAGAUGGAUGAAGAGGAGAGAGAUGAAGAGGAGAGGGAUGAAGAAAAGAUGGAUGAAGAAGGGAUGGGUGAAGAGGAGAGGGAUGAAGAGGAGAGGGAUGAAGAAGAGAUGGAUGAAGAGGAGAGAAAUGAAGAAGAGAUGGAUGAAGAAGAGAUGGGUGAAGAAGGGAUGGGUGAAGAGGAGAGGGAUGAAGAGGAGAGGGAUGAAGAAGAGAGGGAUGAAGAAGAGAGGGAUGAAGAGNAGAUGGAUGAAGAAGGGAUGGGUGAAGAGGAGAGGGAUGAAGAGGAGAGGGAUGAAGAAGAGAUGGAUGAAGAGGAGAGAAAUGAAGAAGAGAUGGAUGAAGAGGAGAGAGAUGAAGAAAAGAUGGAUGAAGAAGAGAUGGAUGAAGAGGAGAGAAAUGAAGAAAAGAUGGAUGAAGAAGAGAUGGAUGAAGAAAAGAUGGGUGAAGAAGGGAUGGGUGAAGAGGAGAGGGAUGAAGAGGAGAGGGAUGAAGAAGAGAGGGAUGAAGAAGAGAUGGAUGAAGAAAAGNUGGGUGAAGAAGGGAUGGGUGAAGAGGAGAGGGAUGAAGAGGAGAGGGAUGAAGAAGAGAGGGAUGAAGAAGAGAGGGAUGAAGAGGAGAGAAAUGAAGAAGAGCUGGAUGAAGAAAAGAUGGGUGAAGAGGAGAUGGAUGAAGAAGAGAUGGAUGAAGAAGAGAUGGAUGAAGAAGAGAUGGAUGAAGAGGAGAGGGAUGAAGAAGAGAUGGAUGAAGAGGAGAUAAAUGAAGAGGACGGAGGGAAUGGAAGUGCCCAACCAACAUCAGAAGCUAGACUGACAGAAGUUGGGGGUCUCUGCAGCGAUGGCCAAUUGGAAGGAGGUGAAGCAGAGGCCGUUGCGACAGAAGUGACGAAUUCACUGUUUUUUACAACCUUUUUAAAGGCGCUGGCGUACUGGAAAAUGCAGUUGCUCACUGACGAAGAGCAGAGGCAGCAGCCCCUUGCGUUCAUCGAAUACUAUGGGACGGACACUCAGCGGCGCAUGCUUGGGGCUGUUGAUCUCCUUCACAAAUACCGCUCCUUCUUUGACGCCCCCGCGCAAGGCUCUUCACACCUCCUCACCUGGAAUUAUGACGGGGUAGCACCUCCUACUGUGCAGCAGAUUGUCCACUUGCUUGUUGAAAUGGAGGCCGUCCAAGGGCCGUGA